AUCAUAAUCAUAACCAUGCAAAGAGAUAACAACAUUGACUUCAAUGAAAACUUCUUCGUCGAUUCAACUUCCGAUGAAAUCAAACAAGAACAAAGAAAUGUUUUCAUCAACUUCAUCACAAAUGUGAUUGCAAACUUCACUAACCGCGACAUUAACAGAUUCUCUCUCACGGUUUCAAACCCUCAAACUUGUAGGGACAUAGUUGAACGUUGUGUUGCUUUCGCAAUGCAACACGGGGUGAGAGAUUUGAAUCUUGAUUUCUCCAAUCCAAAAUGGGACGAGGACAAUUUGGGUGAUCAUGAUGCAUUGUUCCAAUUGCCAUCAAUUGUUUAUGAACUUGGAUCAUCGCUCGAAUCACUGAAAUUGUAUUCGUGCGGUUUUGGUAUGCAAGAUUUUGCUAACUUUACUUCACUCAAAGACAUUUCUUUGGGUUGGAUUGGAGUUAAAACCGAAACUCUUGAAACUUUGUUGUCAACUUGUCGGACGAUUGAAAGUUUGAGUCUUGAGAAGUGUUGGAAUUUGGAGAUCUUUAAUUUCGAGCAUGAACCAGUUCGAUUAACUAGAUUGAUGAUAAACAAAUGUGAUUCGGAGUAUUUCAUAGUUAAUGCACCGAAUCUUAAAUAUUUCAAGUAUUCGGGGGUUGUAUUUACUUCGGAUAUAUAUGUUCGUCCAAAUGUUAUAGAAGAAGUAUACCUUGAUUUUGCCCUUGAAUCAGAAUUCAAUGAAUGUGGCAAUGAACUAUACAAAAUUCUUGUAGAUUUUGCCCCUGCUAAGAUUCUAACAGUUUGCAGUUUUCUACUGCAGGUUGUUCCAUCUGGAGAUAAUCCAGUGCGGACAGAAAUUGAUUUGAAUGUUAGACAUUUGAUUCUAAAAACUCAAAUGCAUCCUCAUGAGUUUUGCGGAUUCGAGUUCUUACUCAACAGUUGUCCUAUGUUGGAAAAAAUCACAUUUGACAUAGGUCAACGGGCUAUAUUUUCGGCUGGGGAUUAUGAAACUCCGGACGAUGGUAUAGACCCUAAGAAGUUCUGGCAAUUGCGUCGAGUGGUUCCUCAAUGCUUGAGAAGAAGUUUGAAGGUGAUUGAAGUGAUUGGAUCGAGAACGACAGAAGAAGAACUUAUGACUCUCUUCUUCCUUAUGUCAACAGGAAAAGUUUUGGAACAGAUUAAUAUCAAUUUGUUCAAUGAUGAUGGUCUUAAGGAACGUCGCCGCGGGCGUGCAAGACUUUUGGCCAACGCCGCUGGAAAGGCUUCAAAAAAUUUGCAAAUAUCAAUUGAUUGAUACUGGUUUUUUAUUAUUUUUUUUUCAUGUUGUUUGUGUGUUUCUGUAAUUUUAGAUCUUUUAAUAAUUCCUUCUGUUUAACAGAAAGGAUUUUUGUGUGUUUAAAAAUCAGAAAGUGUUUUUGUGUGAUUAU